AGAAUUUGUAUACUUUAGUCCCCUGAAGUACACAUUAAGCCUUUGGAUUUAGGGAUAUUGAAGUUGUAAAAUAUUAAUUGGAGGGUUUUUCUUUUUUUGAGUUGAAUUGAGGCUAGUUAGGAGCUUAAGCGUGGGCACUUGAUAUCUUGUUGUAACCACUUCACCAAACUGAAGUAACUGCUUUGCCAAUUGGGAGAAUGUGUACACAUACCACUGCCCACUAAUUGAUUUAAAGCUCUGUCCUUGUCCUCCCCAAUCAAACAUCAAAUUCCAAAACCCUAAAAUCUGAAAAAAAUAAAAAUAAAGGACCUCGUUAUGAAAUGGAAUGGUGGCUGAAGCUUGUUAGAUAUAAUCUGAAUCAUGGGUGGAAAUGCAAAGAUCAAUUGCAGAAUUAUGUCUUAUCUGAGUGGCAAGACAGUGAAGAACAAAACCAUAAUAGUUGGUCUAAAAUCUGAUAACUGCAGCCGAGAAAUGCUGCUCCAGUUACUCUGCCUGCUUGUCAAGCCGGGUGACAAUGUUUUAGCCGUACAUGUCCAACAAAUGAAUGAUGCUUUCGAUCCCAACACUUUCCACAUCCAUGAAGAUCUCUGUAAAUCCAAACAGGUUGAUUUUCUUGUUAAAAUCUGUACUGGAAACUCCUACAUCUCGGUGUUAUCUCAUCAAGUUCGAGAACAUUAUGCUACAAUCCUUGCAAUUGGAUGCAACAUUUCAGGGCCAAAGGAUUUGGCUGUAAGCACUUGUCUUAAAAGUUUGCCUCCCACAUGCACCCUUUUGGUGAUGGACGGUGCUGGGAGAAUUGUAAUCCGACAGCAGGGAACUUCCCAGCAAGGUUCUGCAGGUGUACCUUUUCAACCUUGUUUAUCAUCUUCCCAGGCAAACUCUGUGGUUGAUCAAUCGACAAGCUCCCGUCAGUUACAAAAGUCGUUGACGGUACCAUUGUCUUCAGCAUCACCGUCAACGUGUCGAAUUGAUAGCGAAGGACAUUACAUUCUCAAGAAGAAAGUUCCUGAACAUCAGUUUAAAAAGUCAUUCACUAUGCCAUCUUCUUCUGCAUCAUCGUCAUCCACAUGGCAAACCAGUGGUGGAGGCCAGCAGAAUCUGAAGAAAAAUGUGAAUGUGACGAGGAGGUUUUGCAGAGUGGCAUCCCAAGAAGCAGUGUGGUCCUGCAGACGGUUUAGACUGGAAGAGCUCAGUGUUGCCACGGAUAAUUUCAGCCCCACCAUGGUGAUUGGGAAGGGAGGAAAUGCUAUGGUGUAUCAAGCUAAUCUCGAGGAUGGUCAUGCUGCAGCUGUGAAAGUACUCAAAACCACACGUUGGUCUGCAAAGGAUCUUCUUCGAGAAGUAGAGACAUUAUCCAGCAUAAAUCAUGAGAACAUAGUUGAGAUAAUUGGGUACUGUGAUAGCAAAGAAUUGCAUGCAAUUGUUUAUAAUCUUCUAAAUGGAAGCUUGAAACAAUGUUUAAAACAACUCAAGUGGGCUGAGAGGAUGACUAUUGCAAUUGGUGUAGCCAAGGCCCUGGACUACCUUCACCAUUCUUGUGACCCUCCCAUCAUUCAUAGAAAUGUGAAUCCAUCUAACAUUCUUCUCUCUGAUAAUUGGCAACCGCAACUCUCGGGUUUUGGAGCAGCUGUAGUGCAUAAUCAAUCUUAUCAAGUCUCGGCAAACACAAAGCCAAUUGACAUUGUUAGGACAUUUGGAUACUUGGCACCAGAAUACAUGGUGUGUGGAAAGAUUGAUGAAAAGAUAGAUGUUUAUUCCUAUGGGGUUGUGCUACUGGAACUUAUUACAGGGAAAGACGCUAUUCAAAGCAACCAGAGAAACCAUGAAAGCUUGGUGCUUUGGGCAAGAUCUUUACUACGGUUUGGCCUAUGUGAGCAUCUAGUUGAUCCUUUCUUGAACCAAAAUUACAAGAAGGAAGAGAUGGAAGUAAUGAUGUUUAUAGCACGCCUUUGCCUCAUGCAUUCAUCUUCCCAAAGGCCAACAAUGAAGAUGAUACUAAGGUUAUUUGAGGACUCAGAGUACUGGCUAGAGAUGCAAAGGGAGAAAGAUCAACUCCUAAAUGGACUUGGUUCCAUAGGUGAAACAGAUAUGUUGAGACGAUACGGGUUAUCAAGUGUUGGAACCAUGGCAUUGGACGAUACCUAGAUAAGUCAUAAAAAUUUCCUAUCUUUUUCCGAACUAAACUGGAUCUGCUCAUGCAAAAUAGAUGACCAUCCAACCAAAUUUGAUCUCUUCUAACCUAUGCGGCCUGUAAAUAUAUAUCAAUUAUAGGCCAGAAUGAGCUAAUUUUCUACAGCUUUCUCGCCCAUGUCUAUGACAUCAUAUAUGCAGCAAUGUAAAACCUAUUCUAUUUUGCUAUCUAUUCUGGCUUCCAGCUUUGUGCUGUAACAUCUUUUAUUCCUUAGAAUCUGUUUCUUUAUAUCCAUAAAUUCCAGUUGGAAAUCCUGGUUAUAAGAUUACAUUGGCAACCUGCCUAUUUUCUAGA